UUUGGUUAUGACAAUUAUGACAUUUAUUUAUGCAAAAUCGAGUAAAUAUUAUUAAUUUUAUUUAAAAUUAAAAACAAUGAUGAAACGUAGUAUAAUUGAGUACUAUUCUGAACAUGACGGUUAUAAAUGUGGAUACUGUAAGAAACCAAACAGUAAUUAUAACCAUGGGUUAUGGGCUCAUACGAUGACCGUUACUGAUUAUCAAGAUCUUAUAGACAGAGGAUGGAGGCGGUCUGGAAAGUAUUGCUAUAAACCGAUUUUAGAUGUGAUCUGCUGUCCCAUGUAUACCAUUCGUUGUAGAGCUUUAGAAUUUAAAACAUCCAAGUCCCAGAAAAAAGUAUUAAAAAGAGUUAAUAAAUUCUUGAUCGGACAAGAUGAACUAUCUAGUGAAAAUAAAUUAAGUUCUAAGAGUAAUGAAGAUAUGGCUGUAGAUGAUGAGGGCAGAGAACAGUUUGUGGAAACUACGAGAGCCCCUCAGCUAGGGAUUGCUGCUGAUGUAGAUUUAUCAUUUAUAGAAGAUGAAAUCGAUUUGAAGAAUAAUGAAACAGUAACUACGUCCACUCAGGAAGCUCACACAAGUAAUGAAACAAAAGAAGAUAAAUCAACAACAGAAGUGGAUGCAGUUCAGGAACAUAGUAAAAAAAAUCAAAGUAAAGUUGCUGGUCCGGAUCCAACAAAAGCCCCAUGCAAAAAAGCAAAGCAAAUAAGACGCGAAAGAAUGUUAGAAAAACUAAAAAAUAAAGGUGUUGAUAUUAACACUUUAGACAAUAGCAGUAAGAACAAGGAAAAACAGAUUGAAGAUUUUAUUAAUGAAUUGUCCAAUGACGUAAAAAGGAAACUUGAGAUUAAAUUAGUAAGGACAACACCACCUAGUGCUGAGUGGCUGGCUACGUCCAAAGAAACACACGAGGUCUAUGUGAAAUAUCAGACAGUGAUACAUGGUGAUAAGCCUGAAAAGUGUACUGAGUCCAAAUUUCACGACUUUUUAGUUAAUAGCCCGUUAUUGGAAGAAUAUUCAGAAUUGGGUCCUUCGUGUGGUUAUGGAUCAUUUCAUCAACAAUACUGGCUGGAUGGAAAAAUAAUAGCAGUUGGAGUAUUGGACAUACUACCGAAGUGUAUAUCAUCUGUUUAUUUCUUUUACGAUCCAGCUUAUAAAAAUCUAACACUGGGGACAUAUGGUGCUUUGAGAGAAAUAGCAUUCACGAGGCAUUUGCAUAACACCUGUCCGAACCUUAAAUACUACUAUAUGGGAUUCUACAUACACUCUUGCUGUAAGAUGAGGUAUAAGGGAAAUUUCCAUCCAUCUGAUCUACUAUGUCCAGAGACAUACAAUUGGUUUCCCAUUAAAUAUUGUAUACCAAAGUUAGAAAUAACACCAUAUUCGAGAUUUGACCCUGAUAUAGAUAAUGUUGAUAAAGAUUUCCCUAACAGCAGCGAUAUUAAAUAUAUUCCAGUGUUAUCAAAGGGAGAAGUUAUGCAUUACAAAUUAUAUAGACGAAGAUUCAGCGAGAAAAAUGAAAAAUUUGAAGAAAUACAGGAAUAUGCGAGGCUUGUUGGUGCUAAAGUGGCUAAAAGUCUAAUUAUGGUACGAUAGAAAUAAAAGUAAUCUAGAGGAAAACGAUAAAAACUAGUCUUUAGCUAAA